AUGGGUACGAAAUCCAUUCCGCAUCGAUGGAAAUACGAUGUUUUUGUAAGUUUUAGAGGUGAAGAUAUCCGUAGAGGCUUCAUGGGUCAUCUUUUUAAAGAAUUUAGUCAGAAAGGAAUCCGUGCUUUUGAAGAUUCUAACCAUUUGCCCAAGGGAGAAGAGAUAUCUCCUCGACUCUCCAAAGCCAUUGAAGGAUCGAGAUUUUUGAUGGUCAUCUUCUCCAAAAACUAUGCUUCUUCCACAUGGUGUCUGAGGGAGCUAGUGAAAAUCCUCAAGUGCAAGAAAAUAGGAAAACACAAACAAAAUUUUCACAUAAUCUUUUAUGAUGUGAAGCCCGAUGAGGUCAGGAAACAAACUGGAAGCUAUGGUGAAGCAUUGGCUAAACAUGAAUUCUUGAAUAAAACAGAGGUGCCCAAAUGGAAGGAAGCUCUAUCUACAGCAGCUAACUUAAGUGGGUGGGAUCUCCAAGGCGACAAUGCAAAUGGUUAUGAGACCAAGGUCAUUGAUGACGUCUGUAAGGAAAUCUUGGAAAUGAUGAUUCGCCGUGGCCCAUUACAUGUUGGUGAGAACCUAGUAGGGAUGGACGUGCAUGUUAAGAAAAUGAACUUGGGGAGCAUUAUUGGGUCAGAUAAGGUUCACAUGAUUGGAAUAUGUGGUAUCGGCGGAAUAGGAAAGACAACCCUUGCAAAAGCUAUCUAUAAUCGCAUGCAUCUUAAUUUUAAGAGAUUUUACUUUUGUGAAGAUGUCAAAGGAACUGCAAAACAAGUGGGUUUAGUAAAUGUGGUGGUGCAAGUUAUUAGCGGCAUUAUAAAAUGUAAACUUGAAACAAUAUCGAGUGUUAGUCAAGCAAUAGUGGUAUUGAAAGAGAGGGCAUUGUAUAAGCCAGUCUUGCUUGUUAUAGAUAAUGUUGGUGACUCGGCCGAGUUAGAAGCACUUGCCGGUGCACUUAGUUGGUUCUACCCAGGAAGUCUAAUUAUUCUCACUUGUAAAGACAGGCAACUGCUAAAGUCUUAUAAGGUGGAAGAAAUAUAUGACAUGAGAUAUUUAGAUGACCCUGAAGCUCUUGAGCUCUUUAGUUUGCAUGCCUUCAAUAAAAAACAUCCGAACCAAGACUUCGAAGAGCUUGUUGAUCAAGUGCUUAAAUAUGUGAAUGGUCACCCUCUGGCUUUGGAAGUUUUGGGUCGUUUUUUAUGUGGCAAAACAGUGGGCCAGUGGAAGAGCGAACUGAAGAAGCUCCAAGAAUUUCCUAAUGAGAAGAUACAGAGCGUGCUUCGUUUAAGUUAUGAUGGGCUGGAUCACUGUCAGAAAAAAGUUUUCCUUGACAUCGCAAGUUCCUUCAUUGGGGUAAACAAAGAUUUAGCAGCAAGUGUAUUAGACAGCUGUAACGUGUAUGCAGAAACAGAUCUCAGAGUUCUAGAAGAUAAGUCCUUGAUCACCAUUUCUGAAACUAUGGAUCUUCAAAUGCAUGACUUGAUUCAAGCAAUGGCAAAAGGAAUUGUAUGUGAAAAUUCUAAUAUGCCUGGGGAUCGAAGCAGAUUAUGGGAUUCAUCAGAAGUUCAUGAUGCAUUGAACAAAGCCAAGGUCACAGAAGCAGUUGAAGUUCUAAUCUUUUUGCUAGACAAAACUAGAGGAAAAGCUCACAUAGAUUGUAAAUCAUUUUCAAAAAUAAAAAAAUUGCGGAUCCUCAAAAUUUAUGAUAUGGAACUGGGAAGCAUUGAGGAAAGAUCAGAACCGAAGGUUACCUACUCUGAACGUUUGGAAUCUUUGUCCGAUGAGAUGAGGUUGCUGUAUUGGUAUGCAUACCCUUUCAAGUCGCUACCAUCAGAAUUCUAUCCGAAAGACAUUGUUGCCAUUGAUAUGUCUUAUAGUAAGAUCAAAAGCCUAUGGACAACACCUACGGGUUUCGAAAGAUUGAAAAUUAUGAAGCUGAGACAUUGUCAGAACCUUACACAAACCCCUGACUUCACGGAGAUUACAAAUCUCGAAGAGCUAAAUCUUGAAGGUUGCAUAAGUUUGCUUAGUGUUCACAAAUCAGUUGGAAUGCUACAGAGGCUUGUCGAAUUGAAUUUGAAGGAAUGCGUAGAGCUUAGGAGUUUCCCUUGCAUCACCGAAACAUUUUCCCUUCAAGUUCUUAUUCUCUCUGGCUGCUCAAAAAUUAACGAGCUGCCCAAUUGUUUGGGAAUCCUAAAAAAUUUGAUGAAGCUUUGUGUUGACGGAACCUCUAUAAAGCUGCCCAAUCUUCUUUCUUUCCUGUCGCCUCCUAGAAAUGAUCAAGUACUUCCAGUUAGGAAAUAUCUAAGAAAAUUGCAACAUGUCUCAAGUUUUGUAUUGCCUGUCUUGGCUCCUUUGAAGUCAUUAAGGAAUCUGGAUGUUAGCUAUUGUGAUAUAUCAGAGGUAAUACCGGAAAGCAUUGGAAGUUUGUCGUGUCUAGAUGAUCUAAACCUGAGUGGUAACAGUUUUACUUGCUUGCCGGCAAGUUUGAGUCAACUUUCUCAACUUACAAAGCUUGGACUUGUUGAUUGCAAGAAUCUUGAAGUGCUUCCCGAACUUCCGCCUAACAUUCAUCAUUGUGAUGUAAUUGAUUGCAACGCUUUAAGACAAGUAGACAAACAAAAUGUGCCGAACAACAGGAACUUCACGUUGGACUUCACUAGUUGUCCAAAUAUGGCUAAGAAUCAUACCAUCGAAUGCAUGAUAUCUAUGGUUCUACCUGAGAGAUGUACUAGUAACUGUAAAAAUGUGCAUCUUCUUCUUCAAGGAAGCAGAAUUCCACCAUGGUUUACAAGUCGGUGUACAGGAACAUCCAUCGACGUAAAGGUGCCUCCACAGUGGCGCUGCAACAAGAGCAAGAGAUAUUGUGUAUGUGUUACUUACAGGCCUAAAGAAGUACAUUAUUUUAGAAGACAUAGCUGGCUAGAAUACAAAGUGAGAAACUCUGAUGGAACUGAUAUCGACCAUUGUUAUAUACAAUUAGAAACCCCGUUUUCAAGUAAAAGUGAAGAGUUCAUUGGGACAGAUAUGAUAUGGCUGCAUUAUUAUACACCGAAAGUAGAGGCAUGGGAAAAAGCUAUUGAUUUCAUUAGUUUUUCAUUCAUUACGGAGGUAGACAUUGAGUUGAAGGAAUGUGGUGCAAGACUUCUUUGUGAUGAAGAAGACAUGGAAGACCAACAAAGAUAUUUAGGUAUGAUUCAAGACUUCCCAUCGGCCUCCAACGCAAGAGUUGUCGAUCAGCAGUCCAGUGGUGAUGAAUAA